AUGUCCAACAACACCGUGCAACCUUACGGCCCACUACUUGUCACCUUGACAUGCAAGUACGAUUUGGCAUGGAGCGAUGCGGGCAGUGGAGCAGACAAAGAUGGUUCCUUCUGGACACCCAAAUCCCAGAACAAUGGAAGAUUGCGCCCACUUGGCUCUGUGGCCAUCAGGUCUUACGCCGGCGCCAACGACAACCGGGCCACGAUUCUGGUAGGCGACAAUGGCCAGCGGGCAGUGGCUUCACCUACUGGGUACUCAUGGAUCUAUGAUUCUACGGGCACAGGCUCUGGCAGUUUCGCCUGUGUCUGGCGUCCCAUAGCCCCAGCGGGUUACGUGGCAAUGGGUGACGUCCUUUGGGGAGGAAGAAAUGCCCCCCCUCUCGACCAUGUCUGGUGUGUGCGCAGCGACUUAGUAACCCAAGGCGAGUAUACUUCGCCACAAGUUUGGAACGACAACGGCUCAGGCGGCGAGCACAGCGUCGGCAUAUGGGCAGUCCAGCCGCUCAGGGGCGCCCGCUACGAUGCCGAUAAGGUUCCUUUCUUUGCCGACACAUUUAUAUCUAUCAACCACGCAGAUACUGUGCCCAACAAUGGCCUGGCACGCGUGCUACUCCUUCCUGUGCCGGCUCAACUGUCCGAUAUUGUCCCCCUACCUCCCGUUCUCACCAGUCAUACAGCGCCGACCACGACCACCUCAUUGGAGAAGGAACGAGAAGUCAAAUUGCCCUUCAUCUGUUUAUUCCCCCCCACCGACCGCCCGAGUAUCGACCGCAUAGACAAUCCCUUCUGCAGUAUCCAGCGCUGGGGCAGUUGGUCUCUAUCCAUGUGGGAUGACAACACGACCAGCCGCGAUCAGGACAGCUCAACAUCCACCACGGUUGGUGUAAGCGACUCUCAAUCUGAGGAGUUUUCACACAGUGCCGGUAUCAAGAUCACCAGUGGUGCCGGUAUCAGCGUCGGCGUUUUCAAUGCCAGCGGUUCAUACGAGCUUAAUUAUCAGUUCACCUACACCAGUAGUACUAGCCGUGAGCUACUGAGCAGCAAGACUGUGACACGAAAUUUGAAGACGCCACCCGGUAAGGCUUGUGCUCUUUGGGUACGCCAUUUUGUUUUUCGUUCAGUCCGCGCUGAUGGGUCGAACAUCGGGUACGACUUGCCCUUCGAUGUCAACGUCUUCAACCAUGCCGAGUUUCCUGCUUGA